AUGAGGACUGCAGGCUUAGGUAAGACUUCCGAACAAUGGCGCCAUGAAAUUCGGGAAGAAAAGGCCAAUACCGACCGGUGGGAAAGGAAAUUCCGAGAAGCUCAAGAGCGAAACGAAGAUUUGGAGAAGAGUCUGUCGGAAAGUAGAAAAGAGCGAGGUGAAUUAAGGGCUAGAGUAACAGAACUCGAGAAGUCUCUGCAUCAGUACCAAAAUCGUAACACCGCAAUAGAGCUGAGGGCGAGUUUGAGCAAGAUAGAAGAAAUGAAAGGAAGAAUAGGAGAGUUAGAGGCAUCACUGCAGAAUUGUGAGAUGCGGAUCCAGUUUUUCGAGGCAAACAAGGAUCGUUGGAAAGAGCAGCUUCACCAUGUGCAAGACCAAGUCAGAAACAGAGAUUAUCUUAUGGGGGAAGCCAUAACCCAGAUUCGGGAGGUAGCCGACUACUUGCAAACUUUAGCGGUUCAGGCGGACACACUGAGCGUGAAAUAUGAGUUGGAGUCGGAUCGCAGACAAGAGCUGGCCUCGUUGCUUAAAAAAAUUAAGACUUUAAGUGUUAGAACGAGAUUUUUUUUGUAA